AUGGCAUAUUCGUCCCCGCGCCAUUCACAGCAAUUCUAUCAGUACGACGCAUCGACACCACCACCACCACCGCCCAAGCCAGGCCGCGCGAGUGGAACAGCAACGCCAUCUCAGGGCCCUCCGCUGCCGCCCCCACCAGGCCAGGCAUCGUCAUCUGGGGACCCGCAGCAGCACUCGCAGACACAGUAUCAUCAACAUGGACACCAAGUACCGGACCAACUAGCAGUGCCAGGGCCAGAGGAUGGCUGGCUGCCGGAUGUGCUCAAAGACAAAUCGACCAAGGAUUUACAUCAUGUGCUGCAGACGCCAGAACUACAGCAUGCAAUAAUUCAUAAUCCCGAAACAAGACAUGGCUCACUACCUGCAUCCACAGCACCUUUGCAAACACUACUAGCACAGAACAUAGGACUUGCCAAAUCACUCAAGCAGCUUGAAGCGCACGUGCGGCACCAGCGCGAUGACGUACAGUCACGUCUGUUAGCGAUGCGUGCUCUGGAGCGCCAAUGGAGAGCAAAGCAGAGCGAGCAAGACGAAGCACUGCGGGAGUUCAGCCCGCCCGCGCUGUAUCAACGACUGAGUGCGGCAGUAGGCGAGCAAGAAGCCCUGUGUCGAGGACUCGAGGAGAGCUUCUUGGAUGGCGAAGGAUUUGGCGGCGGAGAUGCCGUAGCCAGUGACCGCGAAGUAACCGACUUUGUGCGCCGAUUGAGAGAAGGGCGUAAGAUUGCCUAUCUCCGUGCGGAGCGAAAAGAGCGCUGGGACGAGGGGCGGGUGGGAGGAUGGCGUUGA